AUGAAUAUUCAUCCAGUUUUCUACUCAGGAUUGUUAAUACCUUAUAAAGAAAAGGAAUACCCAGGAAGACAAGUGCAUACUAAUCCAGACCCAGAGUUAAUCAACAAGGAAUGGGAAUACACAGUAGAAAACAUUUUAGAUAGUAGGAAAAGGAGGAACAAAUAUCAAUAUUUGAUCAAAUGGUUAGACUAUCCAGACAUAGAUAAUACUUGGGAACCAUUUGGAAAAGGAUUAACUAAUUCAGUAAAGUUAAUCAGGGAAUUUCAUAUAAAUCAUCUAACAGUAGUAAAGCCACCACAUCUGGAAAACUGGUUGACAAAGAGACUAGAGUAUAGUUUACUAAUAAGUAAAAGAAUACUAGUUAAGGAACAAGACACAGGAGACAUAGUCCUACAAGAAGAACAAAUGUGGAAAGACUGGAUGAAAAGGAAAUCAGAGUCUUCAGAAUACUUUAGUAUUCUAGCUUCAGAUUCAAGCACAAAAGAAAUUAGAGAAGGGUUGGAAAAACUUCAGCUGAACAACAAACCUACUAUAGAAAACUAA